AUGAGUUCCGGAGACAGUUCCGCGAGUGUCCGGCCAGCCACGGUCUCCAACCGUGCAGCCAAAGUGUCAAAAGAAACGGCAGCGAACAAGAUGUGGGAUGUCUUCACAGAUCUAUACGAUGCUGCCACCAACGAGAAUGGAUUCGUCAAUGUCGGGGUGGCAGAGAACUUCUUGAUGCAUGGCACAUUACUGGACUAUAUCCGUACACAUGCAGACUUACCUCCCCACUACCUGACAUACAAUGAUGGAGGGGAUGGGUCACGAAGGCUGAAGACAGCCGCCUCGCGGUUCCUGAACCGUCAUCUGAAGCCUGUGGUACCACUGAAACCCGAGCAUCUGAUGGUGACUAAUGGGGUAUCGGCUGCCAUCGAGCAUUUGGCAUGGGCAUUUACAGAUCCCGGCGAAGGUAUCCUGCUCGGCCGACCUCAUUACGGGGCGUUUUUACCGGACAUGACAUCUCGACCCGAAGCGGAGGUGGUUCCCGUAUCGUUUGACGAUCUAGAUCCGUUUGAAGUUCGAUGCGUGACCAAAUAUGAAAGGGCAUUGCUCGACUUCGAGGCACGAACGGGUAAACGGGUGCGGGCGCUGAUGCUGUGUCACCCGCACAACCCACUGGGACGGUGCUAUCCCCGCGAAACGAUCAUUGAGCUGAUGAAGUUCUGCCAGCGGUAUCAGAUCCACCUUAUCAGCGACGAGAUAUACGCAUUGUCCGUGUGGGAGAACACCGUCGACACCGCACCCGGCACACCGCCUCCUGUAAAGUUUGUUUCUGCUCUCUCGAUACCAACACAGGGGCUGAUCGAUGCCAACCUGCUGCACGCCCUCUGGGGGAUGAGCAAGGACUUCGGCGCCAACGGUCUGCGGGUGGGAGUAAUCAUAUCCCAAUCCAACCCGGAGCUGCUGGCUGCCAUCAAGGGACCGACGCUGUACUCGUAUGUUUCGGGGCUAUCUGACCACGUUGCCUCGAGCAUUCUUGAGAACGAAGGGUUCACCGACCGCUACAUCGCCGUCAACCAGAGGAAGUUAUCUGAGUCGUACGCCUUUGUCGCUCGGGCCAUGCAGGACCACGACAUCGAGUAUGCGGCGGGCUGCAACGCCUCGUUCUUCGUGUGGGUGAACCUGGGCAAAGCGUACCUGCGGAACAAGCAGAUCCCGAUGCCGGCGGAUCUGACUCGCACGGUGAUGGAUGAGCUGAUAUCCAAGCGAGUGUUCCUUGCUGACGGAACGGCGUUUGGGUCAGAGAAGCCAGGUUGGUUCCGGAUAGUGUUUUCGCAUCCUCGGCCGUUCCUGGACAAGGCGUUGGGUAGAAUCAUGGCGGCGAUAGGGGAGCCUUACAAGUAUGCAUCGAAGCCCGAGUGUAGCGCUCGAGCAAAGCUAUAA